AGCAGAGGAGUUUCUUUAUCCUGAGGGAGAAGCGGACAUACAUCCACAGCGAACAGACAAGUGUCUGGGGAAGAACGGAAUGAUGUCGGCCCUCCUGCCGCUGCUGCUGCUGGGUUUGCUGCGACCCUGCACGGCCGUUGGAGUCUCGCUCACCCAGUCGUGUGAUGCAUCCAUAGAUGGCACCAUAUACAACUACAAGGCAAGGACCCUAAAUGGGAAUCACACUAUAAACUUCAGUGACUACGCUGGAAAGAGUGUCCUCUUCGUUAAUGUGGCUACAUACUGAGGAUACACCUUCCAGUAUGUGGAACUGAAUGCACUACACGAGGAGUUGAAACAGCACGGAUUUACUAUUUUUGGUUUCCCCUCAAACCAGUUUGGGAAACAGGAACCGGGGCAAAGACAUGAAAUUUUGCCAGCUUUAAAGCAUGUCAGACCAGGCAAUGGAUUUGUUCCAAACUUCCUGCUGUUUGAGAAAGGUGAUGUGAAUGGAAGAGAUGAGCAAGGCGUUUUCACUUUCCUUAAGAGCUCCUGCCCACCAGUUGGAGAAAACUUCUAUAACCCCUAUGGCAGAUUGUUCUGGGAACCUCUUAAGCUCAGUGACAUCAAGUGGAACUUUGAAAAGUUCCUGGUGGGGCCCAACGGGAAGCCAGUAAGGAGGUGGCACCCGAGCGUCAACAUUUCUGAGAUCCGAUCCGACAUUCGCAAACACCUGUUCCAGCUAUACACACAGGAAGUUUUUCAGUAGAUCUAUCAUUCAUCAUGCAGUAUUGUACAUCUAAUGAAGUAAAUGUAACAAUAUUCACGGAAUGGCUUAUGUAGAAUUCUAGAGAGUUGGUGUUAGAGUAAUGUAACAGUUUCUAAUGCAGGAAGAUGGCAUGUUGAAUGAAGAGGAGGCUUGAAAACAGAAACUCUGUGGUGCCUCUUUGGAGUCUUGGGGUCAGGGCAGCUCUUCAGUGCAUUCAGGCUGCCCUACAAUCCCACAGCAUCAUGUCAUCUUCUCAACACAGGACCUGCUAGCGAUUACAGCCUAAAUGUUAAUUACUUCCAAUAAAUCAUUGAAAACACA